GCCUGAGUUAAGCACAGAACGGAUUAUUUUAUAAUCAGCAAAUACUAUUUAGAACAUUAUGGAAGACGAAAUAGAACCUAAGUCUGAAACACCUAGAAAAACCACUAUGAAACAAAAAUACCAAUCUCUCAUGGAGAAUAUAACUAUUGAACCAGUAUUAGUGUGUUCAACAAUACCCAUUGCCCUGUCUAGACUUGCAACACAAAAUCUAAACUUGGACAAAGCUUGUCGAGUGAAUUUGAAGUAUGGAGAUGAAAUCUGCGACGCCCUCGUUGCAAGAAAAGGGGAUGUGUAUAAGACAGAAGAAGCAGCAGUUCAAGAAAUCAUUUCCGGAAUGGAAAUUUGGCAAAGUGUUUUAUAUAGAGCAGUGCCGUGUUUCUUAAUCCUGUUUGUGGGAGCCUGGAGCGACAGAACUGGAAAAAGGAAAAUAUGCAUUCUACUACCAAUUGUGGGAGAUUUACUUGCGUGUAUCAGCAAUAUUAUCAACACCUACUUCUUUUACGAGCUGCCACUUGAACUGUGCAUGUUUAUGGAGGCGUUCUUUCCUUCUUUAGCUGGAGGAUGGAUCACAAUGUACAUGGGAGCAUUUUCUUAUAUAGGUGACGUAUCCAGUGAAGAAACCAGAACAUUUCGUGUGGGUAUAGUUAAUCUGUGUUUCACAGCAGGUGGUCCCAUUGGAAUGGCUUUAAGUGGAGUAUUGUUGCAGAAAAUUGGAUACUAUGGAGUAUUUUCCUCUAGCUCCAUUUUAUAUGUAUUCAGCAUACUGUACGGAAUAUAUUAUAUUGAAGAUCCUAAACUGCCAAGAACAGGAAAAGUUGUUGAGGAAAAAGGAUUUCUUAAAACAUUCUUCGAUCUGAAGCACGCGAAAGAUACUGUGACAGUUGCUUUCAAAAAGGGACCAAACCAGCGGAGAACUAAAGCUAUAAUGGUAUUAGCUGGUAUAGUGUUCGUCGAUGGGCCAGCUUUCGGUGAUAUGACAAUCCGGUAUUUGUACAGUCGAUAUCGAUUCAACUGGGAUGCUGUUGCGUAUAGUUUUUACAAGACUUUUUACAUCAUUAUGCAUGCCUUAGGGGCUUUGGUGUCUGUAGCCAUCUUCAGCCGAAAGUUUAAAUGGGACGACUCCGUGUUGGGUCUUAUUUCCACCAUCAGCAAGAUAGCCGGUGCAUUGGUUACAGGUUUGGCCCAAAACAGCCUUCAUAUGUAUUUAGCUGUAGUAAUAGAGACGUUCAACGCGUCGUCCUUCACAGCACUACGAUCAAUUUCCUCUAAAUUGGCCGCCACUGAUGAAUUGGGCAAGAUGACAUCUAUGUUCAAUCUGACUGAAGUAAUAACGUCGUUAAACUUCGGCGCCUUAUUCUCCUGGAUGUACAUGAUGACGCUAAAAUUUAAUCCCAGUUUCGCUUAUUACGUCAGCGCUGGUAUUACAGUGGUUGCCGUAUUCAUUUUUGGAUGGUUCUACAAAGUGCGCAAAGAGAGUGUGAAGGAACAAAAAUCUAUAGACAUUGACAAUUGUGAAGACAACAAAGACAAAAACGAUCAAUGGAUUCGAAAUGCAAAGAAAAUAGAAGACCCUGUGACAUGCAAUAUUGAGCUAACAGAAGAAAAGAUUAUCAGAAUGUAA